GGAAAGAUUGAGGGGGUAGGAUGUAAUAACUCUUUCGGAACUGGAGCCGUCGUUUGUUCCGAAGGUGAAAUUUCUCCUACUAUGCAAUUGUUGGGAAAAUAGCAAGAGAGGAGAGAGCCCACUAUAAAUAUAGGGUUUCCCAUUCCGCAAUCAAGGAAUCUCAAUUUCUCAGUGAAAGAAAGCAAGCGAAACCCUAUCUUCUCCUUCUCCCAUCGUUUCAGAUCCAGACGAGUUCGAUUAAUUUUUCAUUCUGAUAAUUUGAGGGUUUUUGCAAGAUGACUCAAGAUGUGGAAAUGAAAGAGCAACAAGCUGCUCCCUCCAAUUCUGUUACUUCAACUGGCCCUUCUACUUUGCAGCAAUUGAAGGAGAUUGCAUCUUUAAUCGAGACUGGUGCAUAUGCCCGGGAGGUUCGUCGGAUUGUGCGUGCUAUUCGCCUAACCAUUGCGUUGAGGCGGAAGUUGAAGGCUUCUGUGCUACAUUGGUUCUUGAAUUUUGCUCUUGUGCCAGGAUCUGAUGCUCACAGUCGGCUAUCGUCUUAUCUUCCCAAGGAGGACGAGCUUGAUAUGGAAGUUGAUACCGCAACAUCUGCGACCCCAGCUCCUGUGAAGCACUCCUUGCCUGAGUUUGAGAUUUAUUGCUAUUUGCUUGUUCUAAUAUUUUUAAUUGAUCAGAAGCGAUACAAUGAGGCUAAAGCAUGCUCCUCGGCAAGUAUUGCCCGUCUCAAGAAUGUGAAUAGGCGGACCGUUGAUGUUCUAGCUGCUAGACUCUACUUCUAUUACUCUCUCAGCUAUGAACUCACUGGUGAUCUUGCUGAAAUUCGGGGUAAUCUGCUUGCUUUGCACCGGAUUGCUACAUUGCGCCAUGAUGAGCUGGGUCAGGAAACACUCCUCAACCUGCUACUUCGAAAUUACCUCCAUUACAACUUGUUUGAUCAGGCAGAGAAGCUGAGGUCAAAGGCACCCCGUUUUGAAGCACAUUCAAAUCAGCAGUUCUGCCGCUACCUCUUUUAUCUUGGAAAGAUUAGGACCAUACAGUUGGAGUAUACAGAUGCAAAAGAGUCACUACUGCAAGCUGCUCGGAAGGCUCCUGUUGCAGCUCUUGGUUUCCGGGUACAAUGCAAUAAGUGGGCAGUGAUAGUCCGCCUUCUGCUUGGAGAAAUUCCCGAGAGGACUGUUUUUAUGCAGAAGGGCAUGGAGAAGGCUUUGAGGCCUUACUUUGAGCUUACAAAUGCUGUUCGAGUUGGAGAUCUGGAACUGUUCAAAGCUGUUGCUGAGAAGUUCUCCACUACUUUUAGCUCUGACGGGACCCAGAACUUAAUUGUUAGGCUGCGGCACAAUGUUAUAAGGACUGGCUUACGAAACAUCAGCAUUUCGUAUUCGCGGAUCUCACUGACUGAUGUUGCCAAAAAGCUGAGACUGGACUCUGAAAAUCCUGUUGCUGAUGCUGAGAGUAUUGUUGCCAAAGCAAUCCGAGAUGGCGCCAUUGACGCCACACUGGAUCAUGCAAGUGGGUGGAUGGUUUCGAAAGAGACUGGGGAUAUCUACUCUACGAAUGAGCCUCAAAUUGCUUUCAACUCUAGGAUUGCUUUCUGCCUCAAUAUGCAUAAUGAAGCUGUGCGUGCUCUUCGAUUUCCUCCAAACUCCGACAAGGAGAAGGAAAGUGCUGAGAAGAGGAGGGAGAGACAACAACAAGAGCAAGAGCUUGCGAAGCACAUAGCUGAGGAAGAUGACGAUGAGUUCUGAAUUACUAUUUAGCUGCUGCUGCGUAGCCUCUGCUUUCGUUUUUAAACUUUGCAAACUGCUUUCGGGCUUGGUGUUAUUGUUGUUCAACUGUUUCCCGAUUUAUGUUGUGGGGCGCAUAUCGUGCGACCCUGCGCUUGAAUUUAUGCUAUCAUUUGGCUGAUGACAACUCCAUUCUCCUAUCAAUUCUGUUGAACAAUGGCAUAAUCUCUUUUUUAAGUUUGAUUAAAGCUCCUCAGUUUUGUUAAA